AUGAAUGAAAGAUUUGAGUAGAAUCUAUAAUACAUUCUUUCCACCUAAUCUUAAACUCUUAAUAAAAACUCACUUCUUAAAGGAUAAAUACAAUUAUUAAAAUUACAUAUUACACAAUAAAAAUUAAUCAAACAAUAAUUAGAAUAAUAAUUCAGAGAAAUUGAAAAAAAAUAAGUUAUGCAAAAUAUUAAAGAAGAAUAAUAAAAAUAAAUUGAAGAAAAAGAAAUAUAAUUGAUUAAAUAAAAAAAAGAACUUCAUCUUAGAUUAGAUGCAUGUGAAGAUUUAUAAUUUGAAAUCGAAUAAUAAUAUUAACAUCUUAAAAUACAAUAAGAAAAUUAAAAAAUCUUAGAUGAAUCUAUCAAAAGACUUAUGGAUUGUAUUUAAAAAUCUAAAAAAUCACCACUUAAAAAUUAAUAAUUUCAUAAUAGAGUAGCUACCUCACAUUCAUUCGAUGAUCGAAUAAAUCCUUUUGGAUUUAUGGGAAUGCUUAAGUCUAAAAAUAAUGUCGAUGAUUAUAUAUAAAAAGUAGAAAAAAUUAACACCUCUAGACUUUAUGAUCAUUGA